UGCCGUCCGGCACUGGAACCUUUUUUCCAGGAUGGCUCAAGCUUCAGUUCAGAUUGGCACUCCGUUGUUGACCACCCGGCAGGCUGAGGAGCUGCACAAGUCGAUCCUAGCAUACCUCUCCUCCAAGAACCUCGCAAGUACGGCGGCUACUUUGAGGGAUGAACUCGACCUUGCCGAAGAGUCCUUUGACGCCGAAAAGGCAAAGAAAUAUGAAGGUCUCCUAGAAAAGAAGUGGACGAGUGUCGUCCGGUUGCAGAAGAAGAUCCUCGACCUCGAAUCCCGCAACCACCUCCUCCAAUCCGAAAUCGACAACGCCACGCCCUCCUCCCUCUCGCGCCGCACCCAAGACCCAACCAACUGGCUCCCCAAAGCCCCUCCGCGCUACGUCCUCGAAUCUCACCGCCUCCCCGUGACCUGCGUCGCCUUCCACCCGGUCUUCACCUCUCUGGCCUCGGGAUCCGAAGACUACACCAUCAAGAUCUGGGACUGGGAGCUCGGCGAGCUGGAGCGGACCAUCAAGGGGCACACCAAAGCCGUGCUGGACGUCGACUUUGGCGGACCCCGCGGCGGGACCCUCCUGGCGUCUUGCAGCUCCGACCUGACCAUCAAGCUGUGGGACCCGAGCGACGAGUACAAGAACAUUCGCACUUUGCCGGGGCACGAUCACAUUGUCAGUUCCGUCCGGUUCAUCCCCAGCGGAGCGGCCGGUGCGCCGGCCAGUGGCAACCUGCUGGUGAGUGCGAGCAAGGAUAACAGUCUGAAAAUAUGGGAUGUCACGACGGGGUACUGCGUCAAGACCAUCCUGGGCCAUGUGGACUGGCCGAGGGCGGUUUGUCCGAGCCAUGAUGGGCGGUAUCUGCUGUCGACGGGGAGCGACAAGUCGGUCCGCCUGUGGGACCUGGCGGGUGGGAGGGAUGCGGAGUGCAGGCUGGUGAUGUUUGGGCAUGAAAACUAUAAUCUCUGUUGCGCGUUUGCGCCGCCGACGGCGUACCCCCACUUGGCCAAGCUGGCGGGGUUGGAGAGGCCGCCGCCGCCGAGCUCGAGCGCGGAGUUUAUGGCUACGGGGUCGAGGGAUAAGCAGAUACGGUUGUGGGAUGGGAGGGGGAACUGUAUCAAGGUGUUGGUGGGACAUGAUAACUGGGUGAGAGGACUGGUGUUCCACCCGGGCGGAAAGUAUCUGCUCUCGGUAGCGGAUGAUAGGACGAUGAGGUGCUGGGACUUGAGCCAGGAGGGCAGGUGCGUGCAGACGCUGACGGGGGUGUAUGAAGGGUUUGUGAGCUGUAUCAGGUGGGCGCCGCCAGUGGUAAAGGAUGCGGAUGCCACGGCGGGGAAUGGCAGGUCGGAGGGCAGUUCGCUGGCGGAUCCGGUGGUGGCGGCGAGAAGGAGAGCGGCCACGGUGGGAAGUGUGAGUGCGAGUGUUCAGAUUAGGUGUGUGGUUGCUACGGGGAGCGUGGAUGGGGCGGAGGGUAAGGUUAGGAUCUUUGCUAACUAGGGGGUGAUGGUUUUUGAUGAUAACAUAUACAUGUAUAUGGACAUUAUAUAGAUAUCAUACAUAUGUUAUAUAGACAUGUAGAUUCUUUGGGUAGGCAGGCAGGCUACUCCGAAGCACUGAGAGGAGGGAAUCGCAUCGGUCUACGGAUCCAUAAUGAUGAAUUGACAUAAGGUUCAUGGGU